GAGAGAGAGAGGAGAUCCUCGGGAGAAACGUCCGCCCGCCUGCUCCGUGUUAACUCGUUGCCUGCGAUCCGCAGAGAAGGAGCGGACACACUGGGGAUUCCUGGACACACUCACCCUCGCACUUUUGAGCCCCCCUUUCCCUCCCUAAUUACCCCACCCCUUUACCUCCCCCCCCCAUCUCUCUUUGAGACAUCUUGUAGUUCUGCAACCUUUCGCCGAGGAGUCUGCGACCCGCUUAGAUGUUGGAUUACUCUGUAGCCGGAGACUGUAGCCCUGGAUUAAGGCAGCCACACAGCUAUGCCGGGGAGCGGCUGGUGCUACCGACGGGACUGACAUGUUGAGGUUCUGAACACACAUCAAUAGUUUCAGACUGCACUUACUUGCAGCAGCUUGUAAGACAGUGAGAACGAGGCUGGCAAAGGCUGCUGGUGCCAAGCUGUCGGAUGAUGCAUAAAAUCAGGCCACUGGUUGUGUUCCUGUGCUUCUUACUACAUGCUGAUGCUGAGGCACCACCAAAGUUUACAAGAACUCCCAUUGACCAGACGGGAGUCUCAGGAGGGGUCGCGUCAUUCAUCUGCCAAACCUCAGGAGAUCCGAGGCCGAAAAUUGUAUGGUCAAAAAAAGGAAAGAAAGUCAGCUCUCAGAGAUUUGAGGUGAUAGAGUUCGAUGAUGGAUCUGGGUCUGUUCUUAGAAUACAGCCAUUGCGGACACCUCGAGAUGAGGCUAUUUAUGAAUGUGUAGCCUCCAACAGUGUUGGAGAAAUAAGUGCCACCACCAGGCUCACAGUGUUACGUGAGGAUCAGCUUCCUGUAGGUUAUCCCACGAUAGACAUGGGCCCUCAGUUGAAGGUGGUAGAGCGAACACGGACCGCCACCAUGCUGUGUGCAGCAAGUGGUAACCCAGACCCUGAAAUUACUUGGUUCAAAGACUUCCUGCCUGUUGAUACAAGCAGUACUAAUGGACGCAUCAAACAGCUACGGUCAGGUGCCCUCCAAAUAGAGAACAGCGAAGAAUCAGACCAAGGGAAAUAUGAGUGCGUGGCAACAAACAGUGCUGGUACACGUUAUUCUGCCCCUGCCAAUCUAUAUGUGAGAGUUCGGCGUGUCCCUCCAAGGUUUUCUAUCCCUCCGACAAGCCAUGAGGUCAUGCCUGGUGGAAGUGUAAAUAUCACCUGCGUCGCUGUCGGUUCCCCGAUGCCUUAUGUGAAAUGGAUGCUGGGAGCAGAAGACUUGACUCCUGAAGAUGACAUGCCAAUUGGACGGAAUGUUCUGGAACUCAACAAUGUCAGAGAGUCUGCAAAUUAUACUUGCGUGGCCAUGUCAACACUUGGAGUUAUAGAGGCAUUUUCAGAAGUCACAGUUAAAGCUUUGCCGAAACCCCCAGGCACUCCACUUGUAACUGAAACCACAGCAACGAGUGUCACAUUGACUUGGGACUCGGGAAAUCCAGAGCCGGUGGCUCACUACAUUGUGCAGCACAAGCCCAAGUAUUCAGAUGGGCCAUUUCAGGAGAUCGAUGGGGUAGCUACGACACGAUACAGUGUUGGAGGACUAAGCCCAUACUCAGAUUAUGAAUUCAGAGUUAUUGCAGUGAACAAUAUUGGGCAAGGGCCACCAAGCGAAGCAGUAGAAACACGAACAGGUGAACAGGCUCCUUCCAGCCCCCCUCGUUCUGUGCAGGCGCGGAUGCUGAGCACCACCACCAUGUUGAUUCAGUGGGAGGAGCCAGAGGAGGCGAAUGGGCAGAUCCGUGGAUACAGAGUUUAUUACACUAUGGAUCCCCACCAACACAUCAACAACUGGCAGAAGCAUAUUGUAGAUGACAGCAUGCUGACAACAAUUGCAAACCUCACCCCAGAAACAACCUAUACUGUGCGUGUUUUGGCUUUCACUUCUGUUGGAGAUGGACCACACUCACCUGAGAUACAGGUUAAAACUCAGCAAGGAGUUCCAAGCCAGCCAAAUAACUUCAAGGCAGAGCCGAAAUCAGACACAAGCAUAAUGCUAUCAUGGACACCACCGCGACAAGACACCAUCAUUGGAUAUGAGUUGUAUUACAGAGAGAGGGAGGAUGGCGGAGAGCAAAUCGUCACAUUUGAGCCAAAGACAUCUUACCUUUUAGAGGAUCUCAAACCAAACACCAUGUACCACUUCCGCCUGGCUGCUCGCUCUGAGCAUGGGCUCGGAGCCUCGACCGCCCAGAUUUCUGCCCAAACCAUGGAAACUAAGCCAUCAGCCCCACCUCAGGACAUCAAGUGCAUCAGCCCAAGUUCAACGAGCAUUUUGGUAAGUUGGCUGCCCCCACCAGCAGAAAACCAGAAUGGCAUCAUCACCAAAUACUCCAUCAAAUACAGAGCUAAUGACCGAGAAGACAGCUCACCCAACGAGGUCCUUGGAAUUCCGCCAGACACCACACAGUAUUUGCUUGAACAUUUGGAGAAGUGGACAGAGUAUCGUAUCAUUAUGACAGCCCACACUGAUGUUGGACCUGGCCCAGAGAGCUCUCCCAUGCUGAUUCGCACAGAUGAGGAUGUUCCUAGUGGUCCUCCUCGCAAAGUCGAGGUAGAGGCUUUGAACUCAACAGCUAUUACAGUGUUGUGGCGCUCUCCAGUUCCAAGUAAACAGCACGGACAAAUACGAGGCUACCAGGUCCAUUACGUGAGGAUGGAACAUGGAGAACCAAGGGGACAACCCAUGCUCAAGGACAUCAUGCUGGCAGAUGCACAGUGGGAAACUGAUGACUCUGCUGAACAUGAGAUGAUUAUUGCUGGGCUUUUGCCUGAAACUACCUACUCUGUCACCGUGACAGCCUACACAACAAAAGGAGAUGGAGCUCGGAGUAGGGCUAAGCUGGUAGCAACCAUGGGUGCAGUUCCUGGAAGACCCAGGCUUCUGGUUAGUCAUACGCAGAUGAACACAGCUCUUAUUCAAUGGCACCCUCCUGUAGAAACUUCGGACCAGGUCCUGGGUUAUCGUUUAAAAUUUGGGCGCAAAGACUCUGAACUACUCACAACGUUGGAAUUCUCUGAAAGGGAUGACCAUUACACAGCUACCGACAUCCAUAAGGGCACUUCCUAUGUCUUCAAACUUUCUGCAAAAAAUAAAGUUGGCUUCGGGGAAGAGAUAGUGAAAGAAAUCACGAUCCCGGAGGAACGACCAAGUGGAUUUCCCCAGAAUACGCAUGCUUUAGCUCCUCAAGCCACUACCAUUGAGCUGAAAUGGCAGCCUCCAUUCUUGGCAGAGCAGAAUGGUGUAAUCACUAAAUAUGUUGUGUUAUACAGAGAUAUCAACAGCCCAAAUAACCCAAUAGAGUUCUCUGUGGCUUCUUCUGAGACAACUUUGAAGCUCAUCAACCUAAAACCAGACACCACUUAUGAUAUCAAAGUGCGAGCUCAUACAAGUAAAGGUCCUGGUCCAUAUAGUCCUAGUGUUCAAUUCCGGACACUGCCACUAGAUCCAGUGUUUGCAAAAAAUUUUCAUGUUAAAGCUGUGAUGAAGACAUCAGUUUUAUUAACUUGGGAGAUUCCUGAGAACUACAACACUGCCAUUCCUUUCAAAAUCAUCUACAACAAUGACCACAUUGAAGUGGACGGGAGAGCUACGCAGAAGCUGAUCACCAACUUAAACCCUGACACAUCGUAUUCAUUUGUGUUGACCAAUCGCGGGAAUAGCGCUGGGGGAUUGCAACAAGUGGUUUCGGCACACACAGCACCAGACCUGCUCCGCACCAAGCCUGUCCUGAUUGAGAAAACCAAUUCUGAUGGAAUGCUAACCGUUGAGUUGACAGCAGUGCCAACACCUCCAGCCCCAGUGAAAGGCUACUAUAUUAUUGUUGUGCCUUUGAAGAAAUCCCAUGGAAAGUUUAUCAAACCCUGGGAAAGUCCUGAUGAAAUGGAUUUGGAGGAGUUACUGAAAGAGGUUACCAGGAAACGAAGAAGCAUUCGUCUAAGGAGGCAUGCAGAUGUCCUGAAGCCAUAUAUUGCAGCCCAUUUUGAGGUGCUACCCAAUGAGUUUACGCUUGGUGAUCGGCUCUUUUACAAUGGAUUUGAAAACAAGCGUCUCCAAAGUGGUCAAGAAUACGUUUUCUUUAUUUUAGCUGUGCUCGACAGUCCAGAAUCUAUGAUGUAUGCAACGAGCCCUUACUCCGAUCCAGUGCUAUCAGCGGACCUUGAUCCUCAGCCAAUUACAGAUGAAGAAGAAGGAUUGAUAUGGGUGGUUGGCCCUGUCUUGGCUGUUGUGUUCAUUAUUUGCAUUGUCAUUGCAAUCCUCCUAUAUAAGAGGAAAAGGACAGAGUCUGACUCAAGAAAAAGUAGUAUUCCCAACAGCAAAGAAUUACCUUCCCAUCACCCCACAGACCCAGUUGAACUAAGACGACUCAAUUUCCAAACUCCAGGUUCAGGUGUCUCCAGUUACCAUGGUAACCUUCAUUCGACAAGCAUGGCCAAUCAUCCACCAAUCCCAAUCUCCGAGCUUGCUGAUCACAUUGAACGGUUGAAAGCCAAUGACAACUUGAAGUUCUCACAAGAGUAUGAGUCAAUUGAUCCGGGUCAGCAGUUUACAUGGGAGCAUUCAAACAUGGAAGUCAACAAACCAAAGAAUCGGUAUGCAAAUGUAAUAGCAUAUGACCACUCACGGGUUCUCCUAUCGGCCAUUGAUGGCAUUCCAGGAAGCGAUUACUCCAACUCCAACUACAUCGAUGGGUAUCGAAAGCAGAAUGCAUACAUUGCAACACAGGGGCCCCUGCCGGAAACAUUUGGAGAUUUUUGGAGGAUGAUCUGGGAACAACGAAGUGCAAUUGUUGUGAUGAUGACCAAACUGGAGGAACGAUCACGGGUGAAAUGUGACCAGUAUUGGCCCUCCAGAGGUACAGAAACCUUGGGAUUAAUCCAAGUCACUCUGCAGGAUACAGUUGAACUGGCAACCUAUUGUGUGAGAACAUUAACGUUAGACAAGAUUGGCUCCAGUGAAAAGAGGGAGGUGAGACAAUUCCAAUUCACAGCGUGGCCUGAUCACGGGGUUCCAGAGCACCCCACACCAUUCCUAGCCUUCCUACGGAGAGUGAAAGCUUGCAACCCUCCGGACGCUGGGCCUAUGGUUGUACAUUGCAGUGCCGGGGUUGGAAGGACUGGGUGUUUCAUUGUAAUAGACGCCAUGUUAGAGAGGAUAAAGCAUGAGAAAACUGUAGAUAUUUAUGGUCACGUAACACUAAUGAGAUCACAGAGGAAUUACAUGGUUCAGACUGAGGACCAAUAUAUCUUUAUUCAUGAUGCACUGCUUGAAGCAGUGACUUGUGGAAAUACCGAAGUGCCAGCAAGAAACCUGUACGCAUACAUCCAAAAGCUGACACAAGUGGAGCCGGGAGAAAACGUCACCGGCAUGGAACUGGAGUUCAAGCGUCUAGCCAACACUAAAGCUCACACAUCAAGAUUCAUUAGUGCCAAUCUUCCAUGUAACAAAUUCAAGAAUCGCCUUGUUAAUAUUAUGCCAUAUGAAUCCACAAGGGUAUGUCUACAGCCAAUCAGAGGAGUCGAAGGCUCAGAUUAUAUCAAUGCCAGUUUCAUCGAUGGUUACAGACAGCAGAAAGCCUAUAUAGCCACACAGGGACCCCUAGCAGAGACAACAGAAGAUUUCUGGAGAAUGCUUUGGGAACACAAUUCAACAAUCGUGGUUAUGCUCACCAAACUUCGGGAGAUGGGCAGAGAGAAGUGUCACCAGUAUUGGCCUGCAGAGCGAUCAGCGAGGUAUCAAUAUUUUGUAGUUGACCCCAUGGCAGAGUACAACAUGCCUCAGUACAUUCUCAGAGAGUUCAAGGUCACAGAUGCAAGGGAUGGUCAGUCACGCACAGUAAGGCAGUUCCAGUUCACUGACUGGCCAGAACAAGGAGUGCCAAAGUCUGGAGAGGGGUUUAUUGAUUUCAUUGGCCAAGUACACAAGACAAAAGAACAGUUUGGUCAGGAUGGACCCAUCAGUGUUCACUGUAGUGCUGGCGUCGGGAGGACUGGUGUUUUCAUAACACUUAGUAUUGUACUGGAAAGAAUGAGGUAUGAGGGUGUUGUGGAUAUCUUUCAGACUGUCAAAAUGCUUAGAACACAGCGGCCAGCUAUGGUGCAGACAGAGGAUCAGUAUCAGUUCUGCUAUCGAGCUGCACUGGAGUAUCUUGGAAGCUUCGAUCACUAUGCAACAUAAAAACCUGAUCCACCUUGGAUUUAUAGUAGGCCAUUUAAGAUCCAGAAAGCCUCUUCUGAGCCAUACAAUGUGCUUGAGAAGUACUACUUACUCCUAGCUAAAGAUAAAUUAGUGGGGGGGGAGGGGAAAUUUAAAAAUAAACUAUUUCAGGUGGACCAAGAAUUGGCAGUUUAAUAACCUACUUAAGAAGAGGAGGAGAAUCCUUUCUGACGGGGCACUGAAAGGAUUGUUCAGAAAACUCAAGGAUUCAACUUUGAUGAUUGAAGUGGAGGGAAACCUACUGUAGAAGACAUAGAUUGUGCAAAGGAUUAUCUGAGAACUGUGGAAAAAGGAUUGCAAAGCUGAAUCUUGAGAGUACUAUGCCUGCAAGGGAAUAAAAAUGUUAUGAAAAGGCCAGUUCCUGACUUAAGAAUCUAGUAGGACACGUUUGCUUCAAUAUCACCCCUUUCCACCAUUUGCUCAUACUAAUUAUUAAGAGGGAGGGAAUGUUCAAAUUACUGAUUUAGUUUUUUAGUACUGUAAUAUACUGCUGACCUGUGCUUCAUUUUUAACUGUGUAAACUUCUUUCCCUUUUUUAACAAAAGUUUAUCAUUCAAUGAAGUGAAUUUAAAAAGUUGCUUAUUUGUUCAUAUGUUUUUUCCAGACUGUAGCUUUUUUUAAGCUGUAGAAAUGAUGUAUGUAUCUGGCUGUAGAAACGGAAAUAAUUUGAAUUUUUUGAUGCACAUUUUUUUUGUGCAGUCCUUUUAUUUAUCUUACCACAUAAUGGUCUGAUUGAGUUUUUCAUUUCAAUGAAAGUUGCCCUUAGCAGUCAGUUAAUAAACAAAUCAACUAAAAAAGUUCAAUGGAAAAGGGCCUUUAUGGAAUCAACAGGGAGGGGCAAAGUAUAAAGCUGCUGCUACUGAAUUCAUCAGAUCAUCCAUGUCAAGGAUUUGAAGAUGUGGUUGAAUAGCUCGCCAAAUAUAUCACUAGUAACCUCCAUCUGAAUAAUAAUUAGUUGUCUAGGCUUCCAUGAUGACAUGGUGAAAAGUUAGUGUCUACUGGAAUGCACAUCAAUGAACUUAGUAAUCCAUGUUUAAUAGGUUCAUAUGAUAUACUGAAACGUAUCUUUGCACAUGUACGCAAUAAAUUGCAUAUAAAAAAAGCAAAUAAGUUUUAAAACUUUUAGCGUGGGACUUUCAUUUUGCUUCUAUACUUUAUAGUGAGCAUGUUGUUAAAUAUACUUGGAUUAAGUAAUCCCUGUGUCAGAACUGAAAUGGGGUUGAAAGUCGGUUUAAUUUCUUUAAGAGGAUGGAAAAUCUUGAGGGGAGGAUAACGGUUCAAAGCAUUUCACAUUUUUUGAAGCCAUAGUACACAGAGUUUUUGUUUCUCCGCAGAUUCAGUAGAAUUUAACUUUCUUGAGAGGCCUUGCUAUAAAGUUGCAAUCAGUAACAUCACUGGUACUAUGUAAUUCUCUUGGAAAAGGACAAAUAUUGCUCCAGGGUGGCUGUACUGCAAAAAGCAGUAGUGUUCCAGAGUGCCUCUAAGGCAAGGCUAAGAGCUGUGCUGGAUCGACUCCGUUGCAGGAACUAGGAGUCCCACAGAGGGACUACAUUGUGAGAGGCAGAAGAUGUCCCAAAUGCUUGGAAAACCUUGCAGUUGGCAUUGCUAAAUUCUCAGCUUCCAACACAAAUUAGGGGGCUCCACAAUGCCCAUGAACCUGCCUAUCCUUGUUAUUUUCUGUAACUACCAGUCCAGAGCACUGUGACAGAGUGCCCUUGGCCACAAAAGGAAGCCAGACUCUAGCAUCUCCUCCAGAAAGAAAUGUCAUUGGAAGAUCAAAGUAAAUGUUGUUCUGAUAAAUGGGAGUUUUUUGAACACAACUCACUCCCCACAGACUAUCCUUCCUCUUUAAGCAUUACUUUUGAUUGCAAUGAUAACUUUAUAUGCAAAUUAGACACCAUUAUACCAUUUUGUACAUACUUUUGCAUUUAAUUUCUAUCUCUGAAUUGAAGUGCUUAAAGUGUAUUGAGGUCUUUUGUGUACCUUAACGUUAUAAAAUAAUUUGGCAAUCUGUCAAUUCCAGUAGGUGAUCAUAUUACAUUACACCUAGAUAGCAGAAAUGAGUUCUGUGGAAAGCAGUUAAAGUUUCUUCAUCAAUGGUGCCACGGUCAACUGGGUCCCAGUUGUUUCACUGGGUCAUCCAACAGAUUUUUUUAAAUGUAUGUGUCCUUGAUACAACAGUCAUAUUUAAAGUUUUCAGCUUUUUUAUAUAUGAAAAUUAGAUUCCCUUUCUUAGUUCUUUUCCCAUUGCUUUUCGAGCAAGAGCAAACACAAUGGUAGUGUUAGGCAAGCCACAGUGUUAGCAGGUUCUUUGCAUUAGGAGAACUGAGAACACUGAAAUUGGGUGGAAAGAUAUGUCAGGAAUCAUUACAAUAUUGUCUGUGAGACCAGUCACACUUUUUUUUAAUUUUCUUUCCUCCAACUCUCGGAGGUCAAAAACUGUUUUCAAAAUCAUACAAAAGCACUUUUUCUAAAACAAGAAAGAUGACAGAAGGCUACCUCAGGAUGGAGCCGUAAGAGUUUAUGUCAUGUUGAUGCACCUCUUCACAUGUUGUUAUAUUAACAAUCUGCUAACUGUUCCUGUGAGAUGAGAUACAGACCAUUACCUAGUAAGAACCACCAGCCUAACCUCGAUCAGUAUUGAGCCGAGUUGCUGAGGUUGCCAAGUAUAACUGUUCAUAUAUCUGUCCAAUUGAUGGUUGUCUCUUAAAAACAAAGUAUCUGUUUUGUACCAAGAGCUAUUUGUGAAAUCAUAAGAACAUGUUGAGUGAGAAAAUGUUCCAAUGGAAUUCUUGUUUGGGAAUGCAUUUUUCCCCCAGAGCUGAUAAAGAAAAUUUUGAAAUAUUUAAAUUGAAAAUCAGAAUGUGGUAGCCAGGGUAAUUACAAUAAAAGGAGUAAGUUGUCAAGAAUGCCCAGCGUAUUUGCUGCUUUUUUAAUCUAGCUUCUCAUUGAUGUGUGUUCCUGAUUGCACUCACUCUCUCCCAUUCCACUAUCACUGUCUUAUUAAAAUCUCUUAUUCUGGAAAUUCCUUCAUAAUCUGCAGGAAGAUAUAUUUUUCUGUCUUUGAAAGCUAACAAGGUGCUAUGAUUAUUUAACCAUUAACCUAUGUAGGCAAUAUAUAUAUAAAUAUAAAUAUAAUUUUUUUAAUUAGUUGCAUUCAGAUAGAUAACAUUUGUAUGAUACAAGUAUAUUUUAAUUUAGCAACUCUUUUGCAAAUUAUUUUCUCAUAUUAGUUGUCGCUUUCUUUUCUUAAUGAUCCAUUUUUAAAAAAUCUAAAGUCCUCCAGGGAGAUGUGCACUUUUCCAAAACUUUGUACUAUGCACUGCCCUCGUGAUUCUACACCCAAAAUUACAUGCUACUCGAACCCCUGUGUAACUUAUGCGUUCACUCUAGGUAUGUAUGUAAAUAACACAGAAUUUUAAGAAAGAAAAGGUCGUUGCAAUGAUGCCCAAAUACUCCGACAAAUCUCCCGAUGGCUUCAAAUUCUACCAUGCCCAUCUUGUUGUGACUUUUCCCAUUCAAGUUUGAAGUGCUUGGUUUUAUUUUCAAAGUAUAACAGACUGUGUUCACUGCUCUCGUUUGAAUGCAUAGAUUGAACAAAACAAAAUGUAACAUGGCUUGUUCAAAGAAUCAUACAAUUACCUCUAAUUAGUAGUUAGCAUAAAUGUUUUACAGAUUGAAAGGCGUGCUUUUUAUUUUCUUACUUAGGUUACAUUGGUGGCAAAAAGUCUGUAAGAAAAUCAGUUAUUUGCUGACACAA